CGGGAGGGGGCUGCGUGCGGCGAGGGGGCCGGGAGGGGGCGAGGGGUAGCGGGCCGUAGGGGGUCGGGCGGGCGUCAGUGCCCCCCGGACGCAGCGGCGGCUCGACGCCUCCCUGCACCCGCGACAUGCGGCGCUGACCCGUCUCCACACCCGCCACCCGAAACACCGUAUACAUGGACAACUCCUGCCUCCUCGACCUGCUCAUCAGGUGCUUCGCCAUGACAGAGCCCGAGGACCUGAACUUCACGGCGUUCACCGACCUCUGCCGCCUCUGCUCGCUCAAGAGCGGGCCACGACUGCACAUCUUCGACAAGGAGUCCGAGCAGAGGCAGAUUUUGUUCAAGUUGAGGACCUGCCUGCCCACUAUGCAAAUCUCUAAGGAUGACUUCCUACCGAAGAAGAUCUGCGAGAGAUGCGUGACCCGCCUGGACCAGCUGUACGAGUGGCGCCAGAGCUGCCUUAGCACCGACUCAGUGCUCAGGAACUACGCGGAGUCCAUGAGGAUCGUCACUUCUACCAUCAACUUUCAGGAUGGUACAGUCAAUAUGGACAAGAUGACUGAAGCUCAGAAAACUGCUUAUCUGGAGGCUCACGUCGCCGUUCAACAACACAUGGCUCAGGCUGCUGCCGCUGCCCGACGUGAGCAACAGCAGCAGCAGCAGCAGCAACAGCAGCAACAACAACAGCAACAACAGCAGCAACAACAGCAACAGCAGCAACAACAACAGCAGCAACAACAACAACAGCAACAACAACAACAGCAGCAACAACAACAGCAGCAACAACAACAACAGCAGCAACAACAACAGCAACAACAGCAGCAACAACAGCAGCAGCAACAACAGCAUCAACAACAGCAAGCUAACAACUCCAAUAAUGCGAAUCGUCACCAUCAGGAAAUGCAGACUCAGAGCAGCAAUACUCACCCUGGGCAUCCGUCACCGCCCACAGUCAGUUCCACUCAGCACCACUAUGCUACGAUAAAUUCCCCAAUCAAGGUCCCGCAAGUGAGUUCUAGUACAGGAGGACCUGACAGUACGUUCACUGUACCUGAUGAUGUCGGAAUGGGUUUCGAGGGAGGCGUUCGUGUUCUACAAAGUCUUGGAAAUUGGUCACCAGAAGUAACUAAUAACAUACCGAGACCUAACUUGAUACCAUUUACUGAACCAUAUGCAGAAGGGGGCUCUAUGCACCCUGGAACCAGACUGAAAGCUUUGCAAGGUACAACUAUAAGGAAACAUCCAGCUAUAAAACCGACGAGCUCUACUAAUGAAGUUGUUCUAGGUAGUAAGGCGUUUGAAUGCACUGUGUGUGGAAAAGGGCUGGCACGUAAAGACAAAUUGACGAUACAUAUGAGAAUUCAUACCGGAGAGAAGCCAUACGUUUGUGAAGUGUGUAAUAAAGCUUUUGCUCGACGAGAUAAGCUGGUGCUUCAUAUGAACAAAUUGAAACACGUCACUCCCUCAAACAUAGCGCCUCUUGGUAAAAGAACUAUAUCAAUACCACCUUUGAAACUAGACGACGUAAAGCCGCAACUGCCGAAGCAAGAAGACACGAAACCAAGUCAAGCGGAGAUUGCUGCGGUGGCGCAGCAGCAACAACAGCAGCAGCAGCAACAACAACAACAACAGCAGCAGCAGCAGCAACAACAACAACAGCAGCAUUCCCAUCAGCAGUCGAUACAGGUGUGCCAGGUACCCGGACACACCUUUACGAAUACUAACCUGGUCCACACGAGUGCUGCGUCAGCUGCGGUGGCGGCUGCAACAGCGGGAAUGGUGGUAUCGUGGUCGUGCGAACUGUGCGGUCGACUGUUUGCUACGAGAGACGAAUGGAGCGCACACGCCAAGAGCCAUCUACCGGACAACAAGCUGCUACAAGACAAGAUGCAGCAGGCAACGCAACAUCAGCAACAAGAGAAAGUGCAUCUAUCCAACCAAGAGAAACUGCAACUGCUACACCAUCACAACCAGAACCAGCAGAUCUUGAACGGGCACGGAAUCGCCACCGCGUCGGUGUCUACCGCCACCGUCGUAAACGAAGGCGGUGGCGGUGGCGGCGCGUACUUCACGCACGGACACACGCACUACGCACCGGAGCGACAACAUACGCACGCACACCACCUGUGUCUUAUGUGCCGGCAGGAGUUCGCGGGAAAAGCGGAAUUCAUGUUCCACGUCAGAGGACAUUUCGAAGGUAAAGUAAGCGAUAUCGCAGCAGCUGACGUCCUAGCGAGAUCUCUAGUAGACAACUCUGGAUUGUGUACCUGAGCCACGCCCACGCCCAUCAGCUACGACGCCUGCUGCUUUCAAGACGACACUAUCAUGCUGAAGUUUUGAGCACGGAUGGGUGACCAAAUUAGAGUAGGUAGGUAGGUUACGGCAAAGACUAAGUACCCCCCUGACAGCGUGCAAUGGUUUCAGUUCGUAAACAAUAAUAUAAUUGGGUGCGUGCUGCAAAGUAAAUGUUCUUAUGAAGUACGAUUUUGUGCGAUAUUGUAAUUCUGGGGCGACACUAACGAAAAUGCCAUUAAUUAUUGCGAUCUUGGACAUUUAAGCAGGAAUGUGCUAGUGCUCGGAAACACAGCUUGAAUUAAUAGACUGCGGGCGUGCGAAACGCCGAAGUGUAAGUCCCCAACCUCAUACACCGACUGCACUCAGAUCACGCAUGUACUUUAACGUCCAUCAUCGCGGUAAAUUAACGGCAUUUCCCGGCGCCCCCCACGAUAACGGCUAACUAGAGCCGAGGUCCGUGUCUCAGCUGCACUCUAGUUGAGCCGAUCCCCUCAGGUUCGAGUGGUCUAGCUAGACUCCAGACUGAGAGGAGACUCCCCCCGAGGGUAGAUGCCAUCCACCUGGAAUACCCUACGCUGCGACCAACAGCAUACACACUAAAAAAAAGGCAUUUCCCGUUAGUGUGGUCCCAGCAUAACUGCGAACUAUUAUUUACAUCGGGGCAACAAUUAUAUCGACUUCCACAUUGUACUUGGCGACUGUGGAUGCUUCGACGCCAAUAGAUGGCACCUUUUCGAAAAUCUAAAUUAUAAAAUGUUUAAUUAAAACACAGAAGUUUUUUGAAGUAGAAUCAUACAAUACAAACAGAAAAAAAGAAAGGAUUGCCUAAGAAAUUACUGUAUUUGAAGUGGAUCGAAAAUAAUCUUUAUCUGAAAAAGGCAUCGAAUUUCUGUUAGUGAUCCGCUAUCUCCAAAAUGGGGCUUUGAUAGAGGUGGAACUAUUACUGUGGUGGAUCUCUAUCAAAGUGCCAUUUUGGAGGUGUAGUUUUACUAACGUGUAAUCAAUGUAUUGCGUAAAAAUAAAAGUUUGUAAAAAGGGGGUACACUUUUAGAAUUAAAAGAUAAGGUACCUUAUGUGCUUAUGAUUGAAGUUUUUUAGCGUUAAGUAAAUGUGAAAAAUUAAAUACCAAUCCACAUGCUUCCACAGAAAUCAUUUUAGCAACUAAAUGGUAACUUAAUUAUAGUGAUAUUUUUUUAAUGUGAUAAUUACACAUCCAUUUUAAAUUUGGUUUCUCAUACCGCCUAUUAAAUAUUCUUUGCUAUGCAGACAAUGCGACAUGCCAAUAGAGUAGUAUCAGAGCUUUUAUAUAACAUUAUAAUAAUAGGUGUUAUAGUAAAGCUAGAUCUUUGUAUAAAUGUAUAUAAAAAAAUAAAGGCGCACGCGUCACAUUAUGGAAUAUAGGUAUACAAGGAAAUGUUUAAUAGAAUCCUGUAACACCGCUUUAUAUCAAACAAUUUUAUCUAGCUUUUAAGAUGUAAAUACUUAAUGUCAAUGGAGAUGAGUGAAUCUAGUCAUUUUUGUAACGGACCUAGUCAGUCCAUAAUCUAGUCCUGUAUUAGUGUAGGCUAACUCUUAUUUUACUUAACAGCUUCAUUUUGUUAAUGAUGAAAAGAGUACUGGACGUCCAUAUAAAUAUUUAGUAUUUAAGCAGUUGUAGCAGUUAUAACUAUUUAGAUUUCCGCCCCUUGACAUACUAGUGACCAACAUAAUAAAAUAUAUCAACUAUUUUUUUGUAUCAGAUUACCUUAAAAUGCAAAUUUCUAUAAAAUCCGAUGAUUAUUGUUGCAAGACUUUAGCACAGGCCGGAAAAGAUAAAAAAAACUAUUUCCGUUAAAGAAAUCGAUCUUCUUUACUAUUCCUUCUGUAGUGGAGAGACGAUACAGUCAGCACGUUAGCAGCAAUGCAGCAAUACAAUAAAAUCAGGCAGUAUUUUUUUUCUUUUAUUACUAAACAAAUGUCAAUACCGUGACAAGAGUCACGCAAAGAGAAUCAAAAAAUAAUAGAUCACGUUUAUCUUAGGUCAUUUCAAUGUCCCUGGACUAAAAUAUACAGUAUAUUACUUGUAACAUCUGCAUAAUCUGACCAUAAAUACUGUUACGAUUAAAAACAGAAGUAAACAAAUAUACCAUGCAUAAUCCUUAACGCGCUCUAUGAUAAGAUAAUUAUGUACCCGGUGGACAGACCUAAGUCUCCUCCGCUUAUUAAUAAACACAAAAUAAGCUUGUAUUAGUUACUUCAUGUUUUGUCUUUGUUCAUUGAAUGACAAUAGUAGAUUUUAUGACAAGGGAGCAAAAUAGUAUUUUUAUGGCGAGGGAGCUACUUUGAAGCACGAGCGAGGCGAAGGAUUCUUAUUCUUAUUUAACGCGGGCACAGAAUAUAUAUGUUACGCUCAAAGAUCGAAAACGCUCAGUGAGCGGAAAAAUAGCUCACAACGCAUUGUGUUCACAGUAAAACAUCCACAUCGCAAAUUCGUGUUAUGGCUCUAAUGAAAAUACGCACGACGCGUUGUGGCAAUCACAGAAAGACCAAAAAGCGAAAUUCGUGUCGUGGCUGACAUGCUAUUCGAUAUCAACGGGUUGUGGCAAUGAAGAAAAGCCAUGACGCGUUCUGAGCAUUCAUUGUUUUAACCAUAUAACGACGGACAGGUUAUAAGUUGAUAGAGGACUUGCAGCACCCAGGAAUGUUAUGUGUGUUGUUAUGAGCAUUAAUCCAUCAGGUCUCUACCAGUUAGAAAACAAGGAAGGUACAUUCGAUAGACUUUAUGCACGUAAUGAGUUUACACUUUCUGAAACCAACUUUAUUAACAUUUGUGAUGUGCCCUCAACUUCGUCAUUAACACUUCGCUCAGCAUCUAUGUUAUCAUCUGGAAGUAAGCAAGGGUUUAUAAAGUGCCACUGAAAAAGAUACCGUAUUGAUAAAAAGUGCAAGUGUCACUCCAAGAAUAUAAAAUGCAACUCAAAAUUCCACAGUAAUAGUUCCUGUAAAAAUAAACAGCAAUCAAAUAGUUAUGCUUUUAUUUAUUUUUUAAGCAUUUAACUGCUAGAUGUUUAAAUCUAAAGAAAAGUUUACUAGAAAGCCUUGCAGCUUAAGGCUAGGAAAAUUUCGACGCGGCUAAUAGGGCCGUGGUAGCAUAAUGGUCAGUGCAUUCGCCCGGAUAGCGAAGGAUGCGGGUUCGAGUCCCGUCCGCUGCCUGGUCCGCGUGGAUUUUUUUCUAGUAAACUUUUCUUUAGAUUUAAACAUCUAGCAGUUAAAUGCUUAAAAAAUAAAUAAAAUCAUAACUAUAAUUGCUAUUUCUUCUUUCAAAUGUUUAAUACUUGAAAAAGUAUUCAUUUGACAUUGUGGGUUACCUACAAUGCGAAGAGAUGGCGCUGCCUUGCAGCUUAAGGUUAGGAAAAUUUCGACGCGGCUAAUAGGGCCGUGGUAGCAUAAUGGUCAGUGCAUUCGCCCGGAUAGCGAAGGAUGCGGGUUCGAGUCCCAUCCGCUGCCUGGUCCGCGUGGAUUUUUUUCUAGUAAACUUUUCUUUACAGCAAUCAUAUACUUAUUUUUCACAAUUAUAGUAAUUUCUAAUUUAUAAGUAAUUGAUUUAUGUACAUUGUUGUUGUUUAUUGGUGAUCAAUAAACAUUUAUGAUUGUGUUAAAUAUUUUUAUUACUUGAAAGAAUUUUAAAUUGUCAUAAAAAAAUUAAAAUCCCUAAUUAUUUGAAGUGAAUUAUAAGUAAUUUACAAAUGAUUAAUAUUUUGUGUUCAGUAAUUUAUUACUUAAUACGUUGAUUUUUUUUAAAUAUAAUGUAAUCUCAAUAAAUAAAAAUAUCGUUUUAUUUAAAUUUAUAUAAUUAUAUAACAUAUUUGAUAAUGAUAAACACGUUAUGCAGUGAUUUUAUAAAAUAAAAAAUAUUUCCUAUUACCAGAACGUUUCCAGCCUAGGCCUAGUAGGAUCCAUAUCGGAAAGUAGUGUGCGUCGUAAUCAAAUAAUAUCCAUACGCGUCAUGGCUUUUCUUCAUUGCCACAAAGCGUUGAGAUCGAAUAGCAUGUCAGCCACGAUACGAAUUUCGCUAUUUGGUCUUUCUGUGAUUGCCACAACGCGUCGUGCGCGUUUUCAUUAGAGCGAUAACACGAAUUUCGCGAUGUGGAUGUUUUACUGUGACCACAACGCGUUGUGAGCUAUUUUUCCGCUCACUGAGCGUUUUCGAUCUUUGAGCGUAACAUAUACACUACGCGAAAAGUGUGCUCGUAAAAUCACCCGCGGCUAUGUGAGGUAUGGGAGGUGCGCGGGGGCGUUGCGCGGCGCGCGGGGCGCGGAGAGGGCAGUCGCCGACUGCCUCGACCGAAGGCAUGGCAGUAGCGAAAUAGUAAAAUUAUAGCGUUGCACUGCAUUGCACGCACAGACUGACUACGCUACGCAAUCUUAUUAUUAUUUAGAUAAUAAUAAGAAUUAUAAAACGAAUCGAAAAAGGAGAAAAUAUAUAAAAGUUAGCAAUUUGUUAAAGUACCUACAUUAAAAGAUUAAAAAUUGAUUAUAAAAUCAUACCUAUCCUUCAUUAUUUACCCCAGUAUCCUUGAAUCAGUUUACAUUUAAUAACUUACUAUGCUAAAAUAUUCAUUGGCACAAGUCUAAAUUCCAAGUUCAACCCUAGCGCACACACGCUCCUGCUCAAGGUCACUGACGCUGGAACUCUCACGUACAGAGAGUGUCACCGCUGUGACGCGGGUCCGUGCCGUGCAGCCAACACGUACCAGCCAGUAAUUCAUACAAUUUGCGUUCGAUUUCUAUGAAUAAUAUAUGUUCUAAAUUCAAAUCUCUUUUAAGCCCGCUAAAAAGUUCUUAUCGGAAAAGAACUAUUUUGUUCCCACUUAUAGAGAAACAAAACGACACUUUUCGAAUAGAAGGGAUGAAAAUGUCAUUUGAGUGAUAUAGAAGAAAGUAAAAUCAUUUAUUGGCCUAAAAACACAAGUAGGUAAUAAUAAGAAAUUAUAUAACGAUAAAAAUAAAACACAAACAGAACAACAAUAUGCAGAGAAAUGAAAGGCCAAUCAAGACCAAAACACGGCGAAACUAGUCGAAGCUUAUUCCUCUUUUAUAAAUAAGGGGGGGUAAAUGUAUAUUUUGGCUCCAAAACAUUCAAGUUUUACAAUUUGUCUUUUGUGCAAAGUCAUGUAAACGUAAUAAAAAGCAAUAUAACCGUAACAAUAUUUAUGGCAAGGCUAGGUACAUUAUCAGUUUAGGUUGGCGUAGAUAUAGAUAAAGUUUGACUAUUGCGGAUGGAAUUUGGUUCGUAUUGUUCUACUAGUGCUACUAUUAUUAUUGUAAUAUGAUAUCCAGUUGUAGAAACCCGAUUUCUAAUUAUUCAUUUAAAUAAUUUAUUAUUAUUGUUUACUUACAGUAAGCCUUUAAGCAGAAAAACCUUUUUUAAUGUCUUGUAUCUAAGGCUAAGCUCACUUUAAAAGAAACCUUGGAGACAAGCCUCUAUGAAAUGAAUGGAAAUUAUUUUGUAAAUGCACGUCACUCAAGUAAGCAAUAUCAGCAACGAUUAAUGCAGUUCCUUGUAAUUCGAUGGUAAUUUUGAGGAUGUGCAGACGAGGUGCUUAGGACAUUUUCUGCAGCUGGUUCAUAUUGAGAUGAUAAACAAAUACUUAGUAAUAGUAGCAUCGUAUUAAAGAAUUAAGUAGGAAAUAGAAUGUAGGUUAAUGAAUGGUCCGACGUCCUAUCCACAUUGGUAUCAAAGUUUAUUCAACAUAUUUAAUAUUUCAGAUGAGCCAAAAAUAUUGCAGCGUGAAUGUCACGCCCCUUAAUGCAGCGUUUCCUCUUAUUGCCCAGAACAAUGCUGAGCGCGCGAACAUUUCUCGCUCGGUAAAUGGAAACACAGGAGCGAGCGAACGAGAUCGUUUAACAACGUUUGAAUGGAAUCAGUGAAAGAAUGCUCUCUUGUUCAGUCAUCAAUAGAACAACGCAACGGAGAUCGAACACUUGCUCUGUGUGUCGAUUCUGCUACGCUAACUUAUAAAAAUAAAUCAAAACAUGCAUAUAGAUAACAAUACGGAAUAAACAACUAGAUAUAUUUGUGAUUUUGUGUAUUAGUAACAACAGCUGUAUCAAAAAUUUAAACUACCGAAUUCUAAUAAAUUAACUGUUCUGAGCUUAAGUGGAAACGCAGCUUUAAAAAUACCGAUGCCGUCAGUCUUUAUGAGACAGAUUAGAUAAAUAGUGAUGCCUUAGUCUUUAUUAGGGCUCUAUCUGACUCUAUGAUGGUAAACGGUAACAUUAUCCCACAUUACAUUGUAUCAUAUCAUUCUUCUCAUGAAAUUAGAUCUACUGAAAUGACGUUGUGAGUACGUAGUACCCUUUCAUUACGAAAAUCAGGUGAAUUUUCCUUGGAAACCAAUCGAAGUAAAUAAGCUACUAUAUGUGGAUAGAACUAGGAAUGAUUUCGUUUGAAGCGAAUCAGAGCACGAUGGAAGUUACAAAUUGCUUAGGAUAGUGUUGAAAAUGAUAGUGGGUAAGGGAUCGCCACGAAAGGUAUGUAGGUGGGACAUUUAUGCAAUAAACAUAGGUUAUUUGUAGUAUAUUUACGAAUGAUUUAUUUUAUGAAUACUUACUGUUUUUUUUUUUGUAAUAUUUUAACUGUAUUUGAGUUGGAGAAUAAAUUAACAAGGACCUGCGUGGUAAGCAAUGCAAUAUAAAUACGUAGGUACACUUCUGAACCAAAACACUGAAGGGACACUGAGGUGUUACAUUGCUUUAUUCUGUGUCUUAUGAACACCUGCCCAUUGUUUACACCAUGGAAUACAUGUAUUUAACAAAAUUUAUACAAUGUCUAAAUUUCUUGUACACACUUAUGUACAUGUAUAAAACUUAAAGUAUUCAAUACUUGCAUCAAACUUUUUUUUUCGAAAUGGCUUCAGACGUCUUGUGCAUUUAGCCAACGUCAAGUGUUAAAUGUAGGUAUACAAAUACUUUAGCACUCGUGGUCAAAGUAAUAAGUCAAGUCAAAUAAGUGGCAGUCAAGUCAAUCCCCCUUUCCCCAUGUUUCAGUAAAAGUGUGGGGAUUUACUGGAACCUCCCCGUGGACUUCUUGAGGGAACGUCGAAAGACACUUUCUGCUAUUUUGUUUCACUUGCUAACAAUUGUACAUGUUCCCGAACACUAAGUGGUUAAUAAUCCACCAUUAUUAGACACUAACAUCCGCCACAACACAAUUUUUAACAAGAAAAACAAAACUGCUAAAGUGACGCUUCCCGAUCCCGCCAAAAAGUCCUGGAUCGAACUUGAUCAAUGACAGAAUAAGUAAAGUAAAUAAGUGAUUUAUACUUGUAAGAUACUAGUUGUCUAUGCAGUGCAAACAAAAGAAUGUUUUAAACAGCCACAACAAGUAUUCUACAAGUUUUGUUUAAAACUAGUAUAUGACUUUGGUGGAAACGAGGGGUGAGAAUAAAGUAUUUCCCACUUUCUUGCUGUCAAUAAAAAAAAAUAUACUUAAAGCCUUAAAUUUCACUCAGUUAUAAAAAGUGACAAACUUCUAAAGCAAACCCAUAGGCAAUCAAACUUACGCAGUUUUGUAUGUAAAAUUGUUACUGCGCAGGCAUGCUUGUCUAUGAAAUUGCUCAAGAAGUUCACAGGGAUCUAUGACAGACAAUAAAGACCUGAAAAUAUUUAACUAUAAAUUGAUAUUACUUGUUUACACACUUAGGCCCGUUAAUUACACUUAGGCUUAUUACGAAGGUUUUAGAUUCAGAUGACAGAUCAAAACAAACAUGGCUAUUGAACAACAAUUAAAUGAAAUCUUUAUGACCGCGUAAUAUAAGUACUUAGCUAGAUUAUAGUUAAAACACGUGUUAGUGUUAUCAUGAUUCAUACAUGACAAACGGCAACACAAAACAACACGGACGAGGUCCGUGCACGGAGCGGUUGACCGUGUUGACGUUAUGAUAUUUUUGGCAAAUCUUUUCUGAUAAUUUUGACAAAGACAGAAAUUUAAUACUUACUAAUAUCACAUAAAACUAUAAAUUUUAAUCUAUAAAUUCUUUGAACAACAAAGCAAACUGCGCUCUAUUUUAUAAAUAAUUAUCUACAGAAACUCCAUUUUAUUUUACGUUAAGAUUUUUUGGAAAAACAGCUAAAUAUUUUUAGUAUGAGAAUGAUGGUGUGUCCCCGCGGAAAAUCGAAAAUUUACUUGAAGAAUUUUCCUUGUUAUUUAUUCCUUUAAAAUUGGAAAUAAGUGGGUCCUAAUUAGUCUUGAUAAUUUGCAAUGUUAAUAACUUAAUUAAUGAGAAUUUCGGAUUUUCCCAGAGGCACGUUUGUGAGUGUGAUGUACCCAUGAAAUCCAGAUGUUUAAUCAAUAUUGUAUAUUACCAUGUUAAUCUUUAAGAAAUCAUUGAAAUCGCAUGAUUGGCUUUCAACAUGAUCUCAAGAAACUAGUCGUAGGGUAAUACCACAAAUUUGUUCAUUAUUAUUUAGAAGUGAUUAGAGUAUAAUUAAGAUAACGUAAGCAUUACCUUAGAACAGAAAUUGUCUUUGCUUUUGGUACGCAAAACAUAAAGUGCAAAAUCCGAAUAACGAAGGUUUAAUUUGUCUAUGCUGUUUACCUAUGGUAAAGUUUUUGCUUAAAAAUAUUUUUUGGCCAAAGAUAUUAUAUAUUUGAGGCCAUGAGAACCAUAGUGGCCUAUCUUACUUAGGCCAAUAUGGCACCUCAAAUUUCGAUCACAGACUAAAAACCGUAACAGUGAUUAUACGGCCAUCUAGUGAAUAUUCGUUGUAUCACUUUUAGACCACUCUGGUUCUAUCAAAAUGAUCAAUUUGAAUUGGAAAAAACAUACACUCAAUAUUGUAAAAAAAAUAGUUAUGCCACUAUGGUUCUCAUGGCUUCAUUUAGGCCACCACAUUUAUUACUUUAAAGGAAUUUUAGUAAUUAUACGUACGUAACCUAUAGAAAUAAUAAUAAAUCGAACCGUUAUGAAAGUCCUUUUAAGAAUAAUGUUAUACAACUAUCAUUUUCUAGUCAUUGUAAUUUGCAGAUUAUAAGUAUAAAAUCAAUUAAUUCAUUAUAAAAGCGUUUACAUAAUCGGCUAACAAAAUUCUCUUAAAGUUGUUGUAUGUUUGAAAAUAACAUAAAUAACUACACGGUCGAGUUGAAAACGUCCUUUCUUUGAAGACGAUUAAUAAAACAGUUGCUGUCUUAAUGAGACAUGUAAACAAAAAGUAUAAAAUAUGUACUUCUUACAUUAUCUUAUGACUUACUUUUUUAUUUUUAACGCACUCUGAUUAAUUGCGACAAGUAUAACAGGAAUGUACGAAAAUUUUCUGAAAACUGUUGAUCAAUAUCAAAUUGUUUACAACCGCUCAAAUAUAAGUUAAUGUAUAUAGCCUUAAAAUUAUUAUCAUUAUAAAAAAAGUGAGGUACAAUGAGAACACGUCGAUAAAAAAAACUUGAAUAUCUUUUCUAAUAAUGUAAGUAUAAAUAACUUUAAAAAACUUUAUAGUUUUUUAAUUUUGUACAAAUUUAUUAAUUACCUAAGUAUUUGAAAAGGCAAAUGCUGAGUAGUAUUUAAUUUUACAUCUAAAUUUUAUUAAAUGUAGGUAUUUAUGAUCACAAAUAUUUUUACCAUGAUUGACUGUGAUUGCGUUUCGUUUGGCACAAGGGCGUUUUAUAAAUUUUACAUGUAAAGAAAAAAUAUGUAAAAUAUUGCUGCCGUUAAACAAACUUAUCUUGCAGUGUAAAAAUUAAGUGAACAAAUUUAUUUGUAAUUUUAGGAGCAAUAAAUCAGUCGCAUAUCGGAAAUUGACGCUGGAUUUGUAAAUAGUUUAUAUAUGAAUACUUAAGUGUAUAAUAGUGACUUAUGUAAUAUAGUAAUUAGAAUGAGUUUGGGAAUAAAAGAAGAUAAUGCCAAC